CUAGUAAGGUGAGGUGGUGGGAGGAUCUGAACUGGGAAAAAGGCAGAGGUGCAACCAGGAAAACUUAGGUGUGAUCUGCCUGUGAGUGAGGAGAGAGAAAUUUAGGAGUUGUACGCACAGUUGAGGCUCCAAAUAUCUGAUCUGGAGGGAUAUCUGCCUGGAGGAGGGUGAUCUCUCCAUGUUCUUAGAUGGUUCAUCUAAAAUGGUCUUCAGACUGCAGAGGUAAAGUUGUCUCUGUUGUCCCCUGGUCAAUCACCCUAUAAGAUCGACAAGAUAUUGGAAUGAUAUAAUCUUGUGACUAAACUCUGAGUUAUAUUGAAAAAAAAAAAAAAAAUCAGUGAUUCGCUCAAGGACUCCCAUUGGCUCGAGUAACAUUUCUAAAAGACGGUGAACUAAGUUGCACAUGCAGAAUCACCAUCCGGCUGAUUCUUGGAUGUCCAGAGGCUGCUGAUCUCCUUGAAUGCCUCAAGGCUUCUAAUCGUCAUAUAAACACUACCUGCCAAUAACUAGAUGCCCUCAGGCUAGUCAACGUCAAAGCCUCAAGGCUCUUUACUCUACAAGUAAGGUGCAGUAUCUAAUUCCAAUCAGUCCCGUGGGAAAAUAUUUCUGGAGAACCUUAAACUUCUGAUAAACUGAUGAAAAAAAUGCAAGGCUUCUAUAAACCGGUUCUGGUUUAGGAUAGAUGAGCAGCGAAGGUGGUGGGUCACCCAAUAAGCAGAACCAAGGUUUCCAAUUAAACCAGAGUCAUGACCCCAUGAUGUUCCAAUAGUGUCUGUCAUAAGAAUUACAGCUUCAACCUGAUCAUCUCACCGCAUCUCUAGGAAUCUGGAGCAACUUUGUAAAUCUGAAGUGGAUUAUAAAAAGAUAACCACGUCUGGGUCUCCAUCUCUGCAAUGCUGACUGCUGUUUGUAGCUCUUUGGGGAACCAACCAUCUGAGACAACUGGCUCUCCGUCAUCACCUGAGAUCUCUGUGAGACCGUACCUUCAACUUUCCGAAUCAGAUUCAGGACUUUCCUUACAGCAAGACUGUAUUCAAGAGUGUUCCUUUCCUGCUAGCGAGAAAUACGCCUCCCUGACCUCUGUGAGACCCUCCGGGCAGACAUUUUCAGUUCGGGAAUCUGAGGAAAGCAACUUAUUUCCCAAGUUUUUGCACCCACCUCUAGAUAUGUCUCACCCAUAUGAACCUUGGAUCCGACCCCCAGGUCCAGGCGGAUCUGGAGAAGAGGGUGGGGUACCUUCUUGGUGGGAUCUUCACGCUAGUUCUAGCUGGGUUGAUCUACAGCCUGGAGCAGGGGGCUUUUCUGCUUCUUCACCACACCAACCUCCACUUGGAGGUUAUAGCUCAGAGAUGUGUGUGCCUCCCCCACACAUGCUUCCUCCUUCUUCCCACCUCAUGGGAGCUUUGGAACCAACUCUGGACUCCCAUUCCUCUGACCAGGGUUCAGAAGGUUCACCUCGACCCAAAGGUGUUCGAAGAGCGAUGCCACGGAGUGCAGCCCAAGCAGCCUGUCGUUGUCCUAACUGCCAAGAGGCAGAACGUGUGGGUGGUGGAGAUGGUGGCAAGCACAAAAAUCUUCACAAUUGCCACAUUCCAGGAUGUGGCAAAGCAUAUGCCAAGACCUCCCAUCUAAAGGCUCAUCUGCGAUGGCAUAGUGGAGACAGACCAUUCGUGUGCAACUGGCUGUUCUGCGGCAAGAGGUUCACUCGGAGUGAUGAGUUACAAAGGCAUCUUCAGACCCAUUCAGGGGCUAAAAAGUAUCCGUGUUCCUCCUGUAGUCGUGUCUUCAUGCGCAGUGAUCACUUAACCAAACACAUGAAGACACAUGAGGGUGAAAACAGGGGGGCAACAGAGGCAUCAAGUAAGGCCAAGAGUGAGCCAGAUGAGAGUGGAGCAAGUAACACAAACUGAGACUUUACAAGCAACUAGGGGGCCCUGUCCUGGAUGAGUAGAUCCUACCUCCGGACUAGAACAAGAGAGGAGUUCUGUAACAUAUUUAAUUUAUUUUGUAGAGGCAAUAGAUUAAGUGUUUCAGCACCCUGACAUAAUAUCUCAUAAUGUUUCCUUAACAGUCUGUAUCAACACAUUCUCUAUUUGGACAGUGUAAUGAAAUUCCAAUGAUAUGACAACACCGAAAAAAGAUUGUAGGGUAUAGAUAUCAUUUCAGUAUCUACAGUGCCAUCUCAAUGACUCUUGGGCAUUAUCAUCUAUGGGAGAAGGACAUAACUGAAGGAAGUCUUCUUAGUUACCAAUAUGGAGAGGAGUUGUAAAUGAGUAAUAGGACCAGUCAGCCACAUAAAGGGCCCUCGAUAGAUUAGGAAGAACGUUAUAUAGGACGUAGCUAGAUACCAAGUAUGGAGAUUUAGAUCUUCUUGUUUGAAAGUCUAGCAGAUGAGUUAGAUUCUACCUGGUGGAGGACCAAAAAGAGGUCAACAAGGUAUAGCAGUGCCACAUCAUUGUUAGUCCAUUACAAUAGAGAAAGCACAUGGUUAGGAAUGAAAGAGGACACGGGAAUGUAUUCUUCAGGCUAAUAUCAGAAUGUCCAAGCCAAAGGAGUGUUCCUGGUCAGACAUUUGUUGGUUACAAAGGUGUGAUAAGCAGCAACGAGUCUACUGGAAACCACAUGCAAUAAUAGAAGCAACUGACAGAAGGGAGACAAAGGUAACUUUAGAGACAGAACAGGGUUAUUCAGAUUCAAGAACAUUAAUAAUAAAUAUAAGAAGAUGCUUUGAGUAUUAAGAAAGAGUAAAUAAAGGAACAGCUGGUAGAAGAGAGUGCAGCUUAUUCCGAGUAAGUACCAGGGAUAAGUACUAGGGAUGCACUAAAUACACUAUUUUGGAUUCGGCCGAACCCCCCGAAGUUGGGAAGGGGAAAACAUUUUUUUACUUGUUUUGUGACAAAAAAAGUCACAUGAUUUCCCUCGCCACCCCUAAUUUGCAUAUGCAAAUUAGGAUUCCGAUUCGGUUCGGCCGAAUCCUGAUGAAAAAGGCCGAAUCCCUAAUAAGUACUAUUGGGGGGACAGCAAGGAAACCAGCAGGGGAGCAGUCCCUCGUUCAGGGUUGGAGAAAGCUGGAAACUGUUGAUGGAUAGAGAAGACUAUCCUGUCCCAGAGCUGAGCUGUAUUUUCUGAUGUUCCCGGCGUUUUAUUAUUCCCAGUGCCGGGAGUUCUGCUAUUCCCACGCCCAGUGAUCCCGCUUUAAACCCCUAUAAGCCACUCUCUGUGCUUUUAACUUUAACUACCACCUUGCUGGUGUUUUUUUCCGUCCCCUGAGUGUCAGCAAAACAGAGAAGCCAACAAAAUGUUUUUGGGAGAAGGAUGCCAAGUUAACCCUUUGCUCUCCCUCUCGUUAAUCAAUGAGUGGGGGGGGCGGCCUCUCCUACACACAAGCUCACAGUGUAUUGUGGGGGAAAUGUACCUAUAAAACAGGGUGUGGAGGGAUACGGGCGAAGAAAUGCUCCACGCCCCAGAAAAGCACCCGCACGCACUGGCUGCACCCAGGGGACCUGUAGGGAACUGAAUUAACCCUCACCUGCCCAAUGGAUAGAAUUCCUUGGAACUGGUGUACGGGCCGAUGUGAUGGUUGAUUUAUUGGGGCGCUCAGUCUGGAACACGGCCAGUAAUUCUACUUUGUUUCUCUUUUAUCUGUAUAGAAGCCACUAAUCCAUGUAUCAUAUUUGCUGUGCCCUGUUGUGGCCAUUUGUUUCUUGUUAAAGGGCUGCUUUGCCUUUAAGUUGACUUUUAGUAUGUUAUAAAAUGACCAAUUCUAAGUCACUUUUCAGUUUUCAGUUUUUUCAAAUAG